UUCUAUGUCCUUUUCCUCUCUUUCAUAGAUCUGUGUUCUUAAUUUAUAACAAAGUAUCCACGUAUUUUUUUUCGAACUGUGACGCUCAAUUGAUCUAUUUAAUUCGAACCGUUAAAGCCACUGCUGUUUAAUGUGCAUGGUUUUACGACUUGUUUGUAAUGAUUGCAGAAUUAUUCAAAUGGACCAAAAGACCAAAAUACCUCUUCUUCGUUUCGAUUAUGUCUCUUGUGUGCCCUUUCCCCAUCUUGAAACACUUAGCAGACGACGGCUGAGCUCAUUUUAUCGUCGCUCAUGUUUGUCAAUCAGCUGAGCUCGGUCAGUGUUUCGGAUAAGCACUGUUGCAACCAGUUGCCAAGACAGAGAGAGAAAACGGAAGGGCAAAUGGAAACGAACGACUCAGUUGUAGUGUGUGCAUCCGCAAGCAGGGGCCAGUGUGGACAUCGAGGAAUUAUUAAUGAUAUAUAGAAAGCGUGCUUUGUCAGAAUGGUUAGCCUCUGAGACUUUGUGUUGCGACUCAUUGUUGUGACGUCGUGUGCUUGUUCGCCGACAGAACGGGGGUGUUCGCGCGGUCUUCGAGAUGUCAAUUUGUCGACGACUGGCCCACAAUGGCGCUAACGGCGGAGGUCGAAGCAGCGAUGUGGCGCCGACAAGUCAAGUGGAAACGUUUGAGGCUUUGUUACUCUCCAAGAGGACACUUUCGGGCUUGAACAGAACAGGUUUUCAACAACCAUCGCCGAUUCAGGCCAAAGCGAUUCCUAUGGCUAAAUGUGGUGUUGAUAUGAUAAUCCAGGCAAAAUCGGGUACGGGUAAGACGUGCGUAUUCGCUGUUGUAUCUCUAGAAAUGGUCAAUGUGCAGCUUAACCAGGUUCAAGUGGUAAUUCUCGCUCCGACACGCGAAAUCGCAAUACAAAUUUGCGACAACAUCAACUGUAUCGGGGUUGACUAUCCUGGCUUGAAAUGUUUCGCUUUUAUCGGCGGCAUCGCUCUUGAACAGGAUAAGGUGAAAAUUCGACGGUGUCACAUCUUCGUGGGCACACCAGGCCGUACAAAACAACUUUUACAAGUAGGGUUGCUUAAAACGCGAAGUAUCCGUUUAUUUGUCCUGGACGAAGCUGAUAAAUUGCUUGAACCUUCUUUUCACGACGAUAUUAACUCGAUCUUUGCGGCUCUCCCGGCGAAUAAGCAGAUGCUUGCACUGAGCGCCACGUUCCCUUCAGAGAUAGUUUCUCAAUUGUCGAAGUACAUGCGAGCUCCAACUGUCGUCCGGCUAAAUUCGGACGACCCUGUGCUACUCGGUAUUCGGCAAUUUUACCAUAGCGUACCUUAUCACAGCAUUCCACACAUCAUCUUCCAACGGAAACUCAAGGUUCUGCUGCAAAUAUUGGUUGACGUUCCCUACACUCAGUGCCUGAUAUUUCUCAACUCGCAGAUGCGCGCUGAAAUGCUAUGUGACCGUUUGCGGGAAUCGAAUUUUCCUUGCGAACUUCUAUCAGGAGCGCAACGUCAAAGUGAACGAAUCCGUUCAUUAGUACAGCUUAAACAGAAUCGUUGUCGGAUUCUCGUUACGACAGAUCUCGCUGCUAGAGGUAUCGACGCUGAAAAAAUCAGUGUGGUCAUCAACUUUGAAGUGCCCAAUGACAAGGAAACCUACUUGCACAGGAUAGGACGUGCUGGCAGAUACGGAAGCUUUGGUAUUGCCGUGAGUAUAGCUGCCGAAGGUACAGAGUCAGACGCCCUGCAGAAAAUCACUACAGAUUCAAACGUGCUUCUUCAAUUUAUUGGGACACUCCGCGACUUCCGACACAUUUUAACGGUCACCAAUGAGCCAGUGCCAGCAGAGGGCGCCAUCAUCAAUCACGUUCGAUAUCCGCCUACGCCGCAAGAACUAACACCAGCCGAAGAUGAGUCACGCACACCCCUUACAUCGAUGAGUUCAGAAAGUAAUUGUAGCAGCAGAGGGGAAUCCCGACCUGGUAGUCGAGCCUCUAGCAGAUGUCCUUCUCGCAAAAGCAGCCUCCGGCGGAAACAGGCCAUUCGGAAUUUUGUAACUACCCAAUCAGAACCCUGCACGCCAUUCCAUCAACGAUCGAACUCGAAUAACAGCGUCAAUUUCGAUCCUGUACAUACGUCAUGGAACGAACUUCACCUAGUAGAAAAAAUUCAGAAAGCCUUCACUCCGAGUUGUGAGGAUCUACAUUUAGGAAGCAUAGAUGAAGCUCUCGAGAGCCUUGCCAGGGUGCGGACAGCAAAAAUGGACGUACCGAAGUUUAACGGUAGCCUUGUUUGGGAUCCGCUAAUGAAGCCGCACAUUGAUCUCACCCCACUUGCCCCGCCAGAGGAGGAGAUGCUCGAGGAGACAUCGGAUGAAGAAUCUCAACAGGACAAUUCGGUUAUACAAACGAACGACCUAACUCCUUAUGCGAUAAGGCCAAAAUACGCCCCGUUCAACGAUCCAGUAACGAACCUUCGAAAGGGACACAUAAGCCAAAGUCUAAAUUGUUUGGCUAGAAUUGAGCCUACACUGUUGAGACAGAGCUCAUUUACCGGUAUAAACCCAUCCUAUGCCGGGCUGCGUGUUCCGAAUUCGGUGAUCGGUGCUCGUUGGGAAAGCCAGGCUUGCUUAAGCAAUAUGUACAACAGAUACAUAAAAUCUAUGCUCUAUAGUCGAAGCUCGUACUUUCAAAAAACGAACUGAAAAUAAACUACAUUUAAUUACUAAACAAAACAAGUAAAACGCGCCGAACCCACAGUAGCACAUUCUUGGGCCCUCAUGAACAGACAAAGUGUCUCGUGCAACUUUAAUUUUGUGGAAAGAGAUAUUCCUAUAUAGUACUAAUCAUAUAAAACGAUCUCAAGCGAUUCACGCAAAUCAGUGCCCUUGUCAUAUAUACAAAAAGAUGACUUGUACACGAUCCUAUGAUAUGUUCCUCCUUGAAAAAAGUAUGUACAAGUUUUUCAGUGGCAAGAUUCUUUUGUGAACCAAUAAUAUCAGCUGGAUGCGUGUAUCCAUUUAGAAAUGAAGUCAAUGAAAUGAGGUAAAAAUGAGUCAGUAAUUGAUAAAGCUCUGAACAGCAGAUGACAAUAGACUGUAAGCGACCGAGUUGUAUUUGAGCGUUAGCAUAAAAAUUACGAGCGAAUAAUUUGCAAAGCUUGCUAAAACGUUAAUAUACAGAUAUAUUAUUGUAUUAUGCACAUACGGUGCCUAACCAUCACGUAAUAGCAUACACGCUCACGCCGGAUAGUGUAGGAGCGAAUUUCAUAGAGAGCGGAAGCCAAUUUCAGAAAAUAUAAUAAUAGCAUAUAGAAGCAUUAUAAUCACCUUUCCGCGAUCGAAACAUUUUAGCCGAUAUAAAAGGUUUAGUGUCCUAUAGUUAUUGAGUACAGUUUCAGUGAGACCCCUUAAAGGGGAUUUAUCACGUGCUUCGUGAUGAACAUAUUGAUUAGAAUUUUAGGCUAAUUUAUUGCAGUAACAUUAGUAACUAGGGUGGAUAAUCCUAGUAAUGGUCAUAUGAAAUUUAGAUUUUAAAUAUGUAUAGCUAUUGUUACAUGCCCUUGUUACUAUUCAAUUAUAGAAGUUGACAUUUAGAAGUGAAUCUGUAAUUGCUAAAUCCAUGAAGAGCAGACGACAAUAGACUUGAAGAGACGGAGUUGUAUCUGGGUGUUAACAUAAAAAUAAAUUAUGAGCGAAAUAUUUGCAAAGCUCGCUAAAAUGUUUAUAUACGGAUAUAUUAUGCGCAUACGGUACGUGAGCAUUACGGAAUAACACACACCCUCAUGCCGAAUAAUGUAGGAGCGAAUUCGAUAGAGAGCGAAAAGAAACUUCAAAAAAUAUAGUAAUAGCACAUAGACCUUUCGGUGCUGUUUUAGUUCAUACCACGGCAAAAAUGUAUAUUUAGAUGUUGACCGAAAAAUGAGUGGUGAUAUCUCAAUGGUUCUUUAGGUAUGAAAAUGAAAAUCUUAAUAGGAUAGACAAUCUGUACCGCGGCAAUAAUAAUACUAAAAAACAAACAAAAUUGUUUAACUACGCCAUGGGGUGUUUGUUCAUGGAGCUAAUGCAAGUUAGCACAUUUGCACAUAUAAGCGAAUCUUACGGUUGACAAAUAUGCAGAAUAAAUUCUGUUAUAUCUAAACAAACUCAGCUUUUUUUCACCUUAUGAUAAAGUUUUAUUCAUUUAUGGAAGAAUAUUUAGAAAUAAGUUUUCAGCUAGGAGCAAAUUCAAUUUAUGGUGAUAAAAAUCUUUUCGCAUUAUGUGAAUGCUAAUUUGAAAUAUCUCUAUCCGAUUAUGUUAGUAAAUAUCUGUCAUUUAAUUGUUUUAUUUUGACUGCUGUUUGAAAUAAAAUCCUGAAAAGACACCGUUUGGCUUCGUUUUUCCCAGCCUAAUGUUGACCGGGCCCAGGCUUAAUUUAUCAAGCAUGAUACUUUAAUUAAAGCAUUUUAUGAUUUGAGCAUUCUACAAAACUUCUUUUGCAAUACUGGAAAGCACUCAUAGAAGCGUCCGAAGAUUGGUUAACAGCAGCAGUUUAAAUAAAUCAGGCAAAAAAUGCCAACAUUAUUUCGAAGAAAUAUUAUCAAAUUAAAAUUUAUAUUUUACAAAAACAAAAAA